CGCCCACUCGGCGCGAAUUAUCGAAAGAAAGAAAAUCGUGUUUUGGAUACUUUACUUCAAAUUAACGAUAGUGGUUAAGAACGGGUACUCGUUAUCGACACCUUAAACUUAUUUCAUCGGUUGAUUACUUAUUUUAUGAAUUGUAUCGAUCUCGGAGUGCUUAAAAUGUGCAUCAGCAAACACAAUAAUACACGUUUAAGAAGUGGAAUAAUGCUUUAAAUUCAAGAUGCAGUACCAAGGUAAAUUUUCCUCGGGUCAAGAAACUGUGAGGAACAUUUCGCUACCUUAAAACUUUUUUGAUGAGAAACUUAAACAUUUUUAUGCAGUCAUAGUUUCCAUGGGAGGGCUCGAAUAUUGACAUGACGGAAAAAAAGGUCGUUAAUAUUUCACAAACUGUGACGCGACAAACUCAUUGAAGUGGCGAGGAAACUUUCAACGAUCCGACGGGUCUCUGCAUUGCCUUCCAAGACAUGAGUGUGAUCGAAUGGUUGACGUCGAAAAUUCUUCCGGAGGCCGUAAAAGCUGGAUCAUUUGGCAGCGACGUGAGGAGUUUCAUCAGCUUUGAAGUCAGUGACCAGAGAGCCAUCGAUCAGAUGUGCUCCGAUGUAAUUUUUGGUGACGUCGUUUUGGAAACAACCAAAAACAAGCAACUCAAGAUUAAAGUCGUCAUCAAAACACGCAGGCGAUCACUGGACACUUUGCUAGAGACCAGCAAGAUGUUUCACAAUGAGGUGUUGUUCUACACAAAAAUACUGCCUUUGUUUAAAAAAUAUGAUCGGGACAACUUCCUGUCGACGAAUAUUUGCGAAUACGUGUAUGGUCGCGCUACCAAUGAUCAUAAGUUAGCAGAGGAUGUGAUCAUACUAAAACAUUUGGCUCAAAAGUGCUUCAAGCUGUCAGAGGAUCGACUAUACCUGGACCAGAGACAUGUUGAGUUGGCAUUGGACAGGAUUGGCAGGUAUCACGGGAUAUCACUGCUAUGCCAAGUGAGCGAUCCCCAGGCGUUUGAUGAGGUCGCAUCUGAAAUCCAGUACAUUCCUUUCUCUGAAGACGUAGGCAAAGAGUUCGGAGUCUCGGCCUUUCUCCGCGGACUCGAGCCUUUGAAGGCGGAUGAAAAAUAUCGGGAUAGAUUAGCGGGUUUGAUCGCGAACUGUGAGGGAGGCCUCCAGUUAAUGGCAAGGUAUACAACGGACCACUCAGGGCCUCUUUCGGUCAUAGCCCACGGGGACCUCACCCGAAAUAACAUGAUGUUCAAAUACGGCCCCGACGGGGAACCAAUCGAAGUAGCCUUCUUCGACUUCGGCACGAUCAAUUAUUGCUCGCCGGCGAUUGAUGUGAGCACUCUCCUGUCUUGCAACGUGUCUGCCGAGAUGAGGCGAGAUCAUUGGGAUCAUUUUCUUCAGACUUACCAUGGUGCUAUGACAUGCUUGAUGGCUGGUCACCCGCGAACACCCUCGUUCGAGACGGUCGUCCUGGAUUUGCGGAGAAACGGUGUUUACGGUUACCAUCAAUGCGCCCUCUUCGCUCCAACGAUGUUCAACUUGAUAGAGGGCACCCUGGACCUGACACCCCCCGAAUGGGAACACCUGGACGAGGCCCAGCUGAAGAAGGAGAUGCUGGCCCGCACGGCGAAUUUCAAAGACCUAGCGGCCCACCCCAAAGCCGUCCAAUUGAUGGCCGGAGUCGCAAGGCAUAUGCUCGAUAAAGAGUAUAUUUUUUAAGCUCAGCAUUGCUGAAACUCGUCAAUCAGCACUCAGGAAGAACUGCAGCAGGACCGAUCCGCCGAAAAUUCAGAUCUCAAUAUCAGCCCUAUUUUGCGGAGCUGAUGAGUUAUUUCCCCGCUCUCAACAUUCUCAAUGCACUCGAUGGAUCAGUAUAUGGACGGCAGCAGCCUGUUUCACAACGAGGUAUUAUUCUACACGGAAAUCCUCCCUCUGUUACGGAAAUACGACCGAGACAAUCUCCUUUCGGCGAGUUUCUGCGAGUUUGUGUACGG